AUGGCGACCGCCUCCGCAGUGGCAUCUGCGGCCUCUGCCUUCCUCUGCCGGCCCUCCGCCGGUGGCGUCUCCCGCAGCUCCGAUCGCCUCGCCGGGCAGCGGAGGAGAAGCCUCGUCGUCGCGGCCACCCAGGAAGCAGCGGCCGCCGCCAAUCCUCCGCCAAUCGGGCCCAAGAGGGGCACCCAGGUACGGCGCCGCCCCUGCCCUCUCCGCCGCGGGCGAAGGAGCUGCAUCUAAUUAAUUACUUUCCUUUUCUUGUUCUGCUCCGUCGCCGUAGGUGAAGAUCCUCAGGAGGGAGUCCUACUGGUUCAACGGCGUCGGGUCGGUCGUCGCCGUCGACCAGGUGAGCUCUCUCUCUCUCUCUCUCUUCUUCCCCCUCCGCCGCUCGCGCUGAGAUCGCUGACUGCCGCCGGCAAAAUGCUGUGAGCUCCAGGACCCCAAGUCUCGCUACCCGGUCGUGGUCCGCUUCAACAAGGUCAACUACGCCAACGUGUCCACGAACAACUAUUCGCUGGACGAGAUCCAGGAGGUGAAGUGA